AUGCGAAAUAUCUGCCAAGACCGAAGCUUCCUUCGGAAUGUAGGAAUCGACACUGCGCCUGCGAGACUAGCCUUGGAGCCCGGAGAGGAAAGCACCAGCAGUGGUAAAAAACGAUGCACCGGUCAGGCAGCAACCGAGCAGCCAACCGGAGAGCGGGGAGCGCUCCGGCCCGUUUCAGGUGCAAGUGAAAGUGUAGGAAAACAUAUGCUUGAAGCGUGCAACAAUAAUCUGGAAAUGGCAGUCACUAUGUUUUUGGAUGGUGGAGGAAUCGCUGAAGAGCCCAGUACCAGUUCAGCAAGUGUCUCUGCUGUCAGACCACACACAGAAGAAGAAGUUCGUGCCCCAAUUCCUCAAAAGCAGGAAAUACUGGUGGAACCAGAACCAUUAUUUGGUGCUCCUAAAAGACGACGGCCUGCACGUUCAAUUUUUGAUGGUUUCCGGGAUUUUCAGACUGAAACUAUUCGGCAAGAACAAGAAUUAAGAAAUGGAGGAGCUAUCGAUAAGAAAUUAACUACCCUUGCAGAUCUAUUCCGGCCACCCAUUGAUUUGAUGCAUAAAGGCAGCUUUGAAACAGCCAAAGAGUGUGGCCAGAUGCAAAAUAAGUGGCUGAUGAUAAACAUUCAAAAUGUGCAAGACUUUGCCUGUCAGUGCCUCAACCGCGACGUGUGGAGCAACGAAGCUGUGAAGAAUAUUAUCCGGGAACAUUUCAUUUUCUGGCAGGUUUAUCAUGACAGUGAGGAAGGUCAGAGAUACAUACAGUUUUAUAAGUUAGGGGAUUUCCCCUAUGUUUCCAUAUUGGACCCACGGACAGGUCAGAAGCUAGUAGAAUGGCACCAGUUAGAUGUAUCUUCUUUCUUGGACCAAGUGACGGGAUUUCUGGGUGAACAUGGACAACUGGAUGGACUUUCUAGCAGUCCCCCCAAAAAAUGUGCCCGUUCAGAGAGCCUUAUAGAUGCAAGUGAAGACAGCCAGCUAGAAGCUGCCAUCAGAGCCUCCUUACAAGAAACACAUUUCGAUUCAACACAGACAAAACAGGAUAGCCGCUCAGAUGAAGAAUCUGAGUCUGAACUUUUUUCUGGCAGUGAGGAGUUCAUAUCCGUUUGUGGCUCUGAUGAAGAAGAAGAGGUAGAGAAUCUUGCCAAGUCCAGAAAGUCUCCCCAUAAAGAUUUGGGGCAUAGAAAAGAGGAGAAUAGAAGGCCGCUGAAUGAGCCCCCAGUCAGAACUGAUCCUGGAACUGGAACAGCCACAAACCACCAAGGAUUGCCAGCUGUGGAUUCAGAGAUACUCGAGAUGCCACCUGAAAAAUCAGAUGGAGUAGUGGAGGGGAUAGAUGUAAAUGGACCAAAAGCACAGCUGAUGUUGCGGUAUCCAGAUGGAAAAAGGGAACAGAUCACUCUUCCAGAGCAAGCUAAACUGCUAGCUUUGGUGAAGCACGUCCAGUCUAAAGGAUAUCCAAAUGAACGUUUUGAACUUCUCACCAACUUUCCUCGAAGGAAAUUAUCUCAUCUGGACUAUGAUAUUACAUUGCAAGAGGCAGGCCUUUGUCCUCAAGAGACUGUCUUUGUACAGGAAAGAAAUUAACACCAUGGCUUGACCUCUCUCAGCUUACCCCUUUUUUCCCUUUUCCUGUGAGAUACCAUGUCACUAAGUAUGCAUUUUGGCUCAUAGGACCACAGAGCCAAAGUUGGGCAAGCAAGUCACCUUCCUUCUCUUAUUUCUUAAUCUCUCCUGUAGUCAGUCUCUUUCUCCCCCUUUGUUUCUUUCUCUUCUGUUUUCUCCCUCCCUACUCCGUACUCUUCCGCCUCCCCCUACACUUUCUUACCUAAUCUGGUGACCAAAUUGAAGUGUAAGAAUAAGACCUCUCCUAGUACUGGCAGCAGGAAUUGUGUGUCCCAGUAAGUGGUCUUUUGCACGGCACUUUUUUGGGAUCAAAUGUUAACGUUACUCCCCAGACUCUUUGGGCAAAGGAAUGGCUAGAUUCAGAGUAAGAACAACCCUCCCUUUUUUGUAAGCCCCCAUGUGUAGUAGGGAGAAGAAAUUCUCUAACGUGGAUUUGGUUUUGUUGUGUUCUUCAUGUAGGAAAUAUCACUUAAGAAAAUAUCCAGGCUUUUGUUUCUGUGGAAAAAGCAUCCCUUGUAAUUAUUGCUCAUCAUACCUAAAAACUUUUUUCAAAGGAUUUUCAUGUUCCCAGCUGUAAGAACUAUUUCCAUGACAUGUGUUACUGGCGGAAUGAGUGUUAAAUAUGGAGCAUAUAGCACGGGGUGACUUUCAUUGUCCUAGCUGAGAGAGUUUUCUUUAUUACUCUGUAUUGAUCCUGCUAGUCCAGGAGUGGACAUUAAGUGAACCUGUCGUGGUGACUGGGAUGGGAAGAUGCUUGCUGUUUUUGCCAGCACAGCAGAUUAGCUCCUUUGGAGCCCUCCAUUGUCCGAGUCUGCAGUGAUCUGUAGGAAGGCAGCUGGUCAAUGAUCAUGUAAUACAAUGGCUUGUAAUUGUAACCACUAUGGUUAUUGAUUGUCCUGUGGUGGUUCAGGCAUACUUAGGUAUGUCCCUGGGGAAAAAGAAAACCGUUCAGCUGAGAGUUGCUAACCAUGUUCUUUUGGUUAGAAAUAAUGGUUCAUUUUUUGCCCCUGGUUGGAACAGUCUCUGAAAGGCUGUGGUGACUGAAUUGAACAUGAGUCCGCAUGCUGUUUUCUUUCAAAAGGUAUCAGAACUGAAAGCCUCUGUAAGGGGAAGACCUUUAAACUCAAUUCAAAAGACAACAUUUAGUAAAAAGGGGGGGUGGCGGAGGGUGCUAGUCAUUUUCAGAUGUUGUGGGGUUUUUCUGCCAACAAAACCGAAAAUCAAAUUUGAGUUGGUGAAAGCUUUCUUCGGUGUUUUUUAGAAGAGGCCAUCUUGAAUCUGUAGAAUACCAUUUACACACCAACUUCACCCUAUGCUCAGUUCAUAUUUUGAGCUUAAAUGGAAUCCUCUGAAGGGGUAGUCGUGAUUCUAGAAGUUUUAACUUGUAAAAUGAAAAUAUUAAAUGGACCUUUUUGUCAAUUGAGGAUUUAGAUUGAUUCUUUUAUCCGAGGAACGUAAGUUCCUCAGCUAUUGCUUAGAGACCUUUAGGUUGUCAUCUACUUUAAGAUUGCUCUCUUGGCAAUUAGGGGGUUGGGGAAAAGAAGAAAAAAAGAUGCUAUGUGUUGCUAGUACACAGUUAUAGACUAUGGUUUCUAAUGGUUGAAUUUUGAGGAACCCUCCCAAAAGAAUGAGUUAUGUAUCUCCUCAAGGAAAUCAUGGACAAUUCUGUUUAUUCUUCAGUGAGUCCUUUUGAAUUAAUGUUCUUACAUUUUUUUCUAAGUCUGUGUAAGUGCUUAUGUAUAAGUAUAUAAUUGUAUAAAUAUUUAUAAAUAUAUUUAUAUAAUUACAGUUUCAUUUCUA